CUUAUUCAGCCAGUUAUGUCUCUGCCAACUCCAGGAGCGACGUUCCUGGGACACACUGAAGAUCCUUCCAGUGGAUACGUUAGUUCUGAACGUGAAAAACAACUCCCACGACCUCCUCCAGUAUACAAGUAUACAAUGAGCGCCGAACCUCGAGGAAAAUGCCUCGUUGUAAAUAAUCAAACGUUUAAGAAUUCGCAAGGUCGGACUCACGAACGUAAGGGAUCAAAUAUUGAUGCAGACAGAUUGAUGAAAACCUUUUCCAGCUUAAAAUUCGAAACAGAGCUAUGUAACAACUUGUCCGCAUUGGAGCUAGUACGUCUGCUUUCAGAAACAGGCAACAAAGAUCAUACAAACUUCGAUUGCUUUGUCCUAUGUGUGCUGACGCAUGGCAGCAAAGGUCAGGUGAUUGGUAGAGACUGGUGGGAGCCUGUCGACAUAGAGGAACUGACGAAAUACCUACAAUCAUCAUAUUGCCGAUCUCUGGCUGGAAAGCCAAAGAUAAUCAUCAUACAAGCUUGCCAAGGGAAAAAACGACAACUAUGUGGUGAUGUGGAGGAAGAUAUUGUUCCUUUUGCAGCGCGAGUUCUUAGACCAACGACGAACACCGGGUAUCAUGGGGACACAGCAGACUUUGUCAUAGUUAAUAGUACUUGCCCGGGGUAUUCAUCGCUCAGGUCGCCACGCGACGGAACCUUCUUCAUACAGACACUGGCGGAUGCAUUAGAUCAACACGGGCAAAGGUGGGAUUUCAUGACCAUCCUUGAGGACGUGAACAAGAAAAUGUCAAGGCGAAUCACAAGGAAGGACGGCCGUGAUUACAUUCAAACACCUUCGCUUCACUCAACUCUGACGGCAAAGAUCAAUUUCAUCUAAAGUUACCCGUACAAAAAUAUCGUCUGAGCACUGUGUGCAGAUCACAUUAACGUGUAUUACUUUGUUAUAGUUUUUAUUACUUUUCUCAUUUGAGUGUGUAUAUUAAUUCACAUGUUAAUCAAUAUGUAUUAUUCUUAAAGUGUAAGAUUCAUACAAUUUACUUCAAUCACUUUUAACAACACUACCUUACUUACUUAAAGCAAUACACUUUAGUAUGAGGGCUGGAUAAUUGUGUCAUUUUUAGUAUACUUGUAUUUGUACUUUUUAUGUUCGCUUGUAGUUUAACUAAUAAUUGAUCUUUGCUCGAUUUUAUUCCUAAUGUAUUUACGUGUUUUCUUGUUAUUUUUAGUUUUAGUAUAGCCUAGGAGCUUAGAUCAUAACAAUUCAAUGGUAUUUAGUAUCCUGAUUUUGUGAUUGUUUUCAAAAAGUGCGAACUCGUACAGAAUUUGAAAAAUGUACGAUAACAAUUCCAGUCUGGUAUCGUUAGUCUGAUAACUGUGAAAAAAUCCAAGGUUGAAAUUUUAUAGUGAAAAUAAGAAUGCAACGUAAUACUUUCAUCUUGUUAGAUAUCCAACUAAAGUAUAGCGAUUAUCAAUUAUCACUGUAUCCAUGUUUUUGUUGUCAUAGUCCUUUGCUUUGUAUGUUUGUAAAACUUUAUAAGUGAUAAGGUCGCAUAGGAUUUUUUUCAUAGUGUCCACUAAGGUUUUCAAACAACAACGAAUGCACCUGUACCACCUGAGGUAAACCAUUCACAUAUAGCCCUCAAAAAUUCAAAAAGUGUCUUUGAUUCACAUAAUUGAUAGCCAUGUUAAAACAUCCCUGAAUGUUGCUGAGGAAAAUUGUCUAAACUGUAAAAAUUUAAACGUUAGACAGUUACGAAAGUAGAGAGAUUGGGAAUCUUGGCCUAUGUCGAAAUUUGUUGAGCGUUCGCCCCUGUGAGGAAGGCUUUGGGUUCUGUCCCCUGGCCGAGACAUACUAGAGCCUGUAAAAAGGGUAGUUUCUUCUCCUGCUUAACUCUCAGCAAUUUAGGAGUGGGACGACUGGCUUCGGCAGUAUUUUUCAGUGAGGUAGCACUAUAAAUUCGGCAUCAGUU